UAAAUUCCUUCUCUUCCUUCUCUUUUAUCCCUGUUUUUCCUUCUUUUACUCCUCCUCCUUUGCCCUUUUCACCAGUCCCUCAUUUUCUUUUGUUCUGUUCCUUCCUGUGAUCUGUGCUCCUUUAUCUUUACUUGAUCCUGUUUUUUAGUGUUAGAAUAAAUAUCUUAAUGUUGUGCGGUUUUCUUCUUUUUGUAGUUUCGAUUUGAUUUUAUAUUCUUUAGAUUAUUUAUUAUCACAUUGUGCUUGCCUCUUCUCUGCCUUUUUUCAUCACUAGUAAGUUAGCAUGUUUCACUUUUACACUAAUUUAGGCAUGGGCUGCUUUCUUUUCAUCACCACCAGAGGCACUAAUAAUGGUAAUAUGCAGUGAAAGCUCUUUAACCUGAAUUCCACUACAUAGAGAAACAGGAGUAGUUUGAAUUCAUGACAGGGUAUGAUUGAGAAAUUAUGUCCCCCAAAAGUAUUUUCAUUAUUGCCGGUGGUAGUUUAGAAAUAAUCCCAUAGAAAAUUUGUAUUGAUGUAAAACUUUGACACCCUGACCAUGACCAAAUUUAAUCAAACAAAAUCUUACCUUUACAUGACAUACAGUAAUUAUAGGUUUAGUAAUACAAGAGGGAUGUAGAACACGUACAGAACAGAGUAACAAACCUUUAAACAAGCUCCCUGCAGCCAUCAAAUAGUCUUGUUAUAUUUAGCAGAGACAAAACAGCAUCAUAGUUUUUGUGCCCUUAUGAAUUAGUUUAUUCUGGAAAAAAGUUUGAGAAAUGGAAAGAUGUGAUUUGAUUGGUCGAUUCCUGUUUGGUCUUCUGCCUUGCGAUUGGCUGCUCUGGGGUCAUUGGGAGUUGGGGUAGGUGUUAGGGGGUUUGUCCAUCCCUGAAGCCCACAUUGUCACCCCCAGGAGCUCCCCGAGGGCCACGAGCUGGAUUAUGCCAACGAGUCUAAGAAGCGCUCCCAGGCCUUCAUGUAUGUGCUGAAGAGUGCAGCGGCCGGGGAAGACCCUCAGACAGCUGCUAAGAGACUAAAGGAGCAGAUGGAGAAGACAGCUAAGACCACACCCACCCAGACCUCCUAGACCAUAAAUUCCCUAAGACCACAAGACCCCUUCAUUCUGUUCACAAAGGAGAGAACUUUAUAGACCCAAGGAAGUCACCAAGAAACUAAGGAAACAUUGAAAAGACCGCUAAGACCACACCCAAUCACACUUAGACCUUCUGCUACCUAACUCUCUAAGGCCACAAGACCCCUUAGAGCUGUUCAGGAAGAGGAGAAGAACUUAGACCCAAGAAGUCCACUGCAUAACUAGAAAAAAACAUAAAGAAGACCUCACCCAGACCUUUUAGACCACAAUAAGACCAAAUUUACCUGAGCUCAAAGGCCAGAAUACCCCUUAACUAUAGUCUUCAAGAGUGAAAGACCUCUACAGAUUAUAUAGGCCAUUGUCUAAGUCCAGAACAAGGGUACACAAACCUUAAAACCCACAACAACCCAAACUUGUAUAUAUAUAUUUGUUGUUAUGUUAGGGUAAAGGGCUGCCAAGGCUCUCCAGGGGUGCUUUUUGUAUAUAUAGAAGCUGUGAGUUGUGUUGGUAGAGGGAAUCCGGCUCUCCUUCCUUCGUAGACUUUAUACAUUGCGAUUCUAGAGGAGAGGAUUCUAAGGGAGAGAGGAAUUUGAAGUUGUAUAGGAGAGGAUCAUAAAGGAGAGAGAAAUUUGAAGUUGUAUAGGAGAGGAUCAUAAGGGAGAGAGGAAUUUGAAGUUAUAUAGGAGAGGAAGGAGAGAAAUUUGAAGUUGUAUAGGAAAGGAUCAUAAAAGAGAGAGGAAUUUGAACUUGUCUAGGAGAGGAUCACAAAAGAGAGAGGAAUUUGAACUUGUAUAGGAGAGGAUCAUAAUAGAGGAAUUUGAAGUCACAUACAGAACUGAGAAGAGGGAUUAGAAGGCACUCAGUAUUCCUUUCCUUAUAGUCCUGGUUGGGAGAAGGGUUAGGAAGUUGAAGUAAUGCUCUAGGCUGAUGUUUAUUAAUAGGAAAAAGGAUUCAAGCUUAUAAUUCAUCUUGUGUACGUUGGUUAUCAAGAGUGCAUAUAAACACCCUCAAGAUCAAACCCAUCAAGAUAUAGUUGGUCUGCUUUGAAGGCGAUCUUGGCUACCUGAAGAGGAAAACAUUAUAUCAGGGAGUUAAAUCGUAUGUACACACGCGCAUACACUAGCCAAGAGGACACAGAUACCCUCAGACUCACACCCAUCAAGAUAGCAUAAGCCAGUCACAGAAAACAAGACCCUCAGACUCACACCCAUCAAGAUAGCAUAAGGCAGUCACAGAAAACAGUCUUGGUUACUGAAGGGGAAACUACUCCAUCAGGAAAAUAAGAUAACGCACUUGCAGACACCCGCCUGGCACUUAUUACACCCCUACUUCUGUGUGUUUACAAGCCGUCAUGGAGUCCACCGGAAGUAAUGUUCACGCCAGCAUCCUGGAGCGCAUCCAGCGGAGACAGGAGGCACUUGAGGAGCGGUCCCAGCAGCGGCGGCAGGAGAGGGAGGAGCAGGGCGGGCUGAGUGGCAGUGCGGCGGCCGACCACUUCCUCAACACCUUCCGGGAGCUGCACACCGCCCUAAAGACCCGGAUUGAGGCCGCAGAGAGUGUCCCGUCGGAUGAGCUGACAGAGUACUUGGAUGACCUGGUGAAGGGUGUCCAGGAGCUGCAGGAUGUGCUCAACGACUCCUCCCGGCACCUGGCGUCCUUCCAGCAGAAGAAGGCACAGAAGGCCGUGGACGAUGCCUCUGCCCAGGUCCAGGCUGCCGUCGCCACGCUCCAGCCCAAGAAGAAGUUUGGGUUUGGGCGUAAAAAGCCUGCCGGGGGUGCGAAAAGUGCCGCUCCCCCGAAGGAACCCUCGUCCAACAGUGCCCUGGACGCCCUCGACGGCUUAGCUGAUCGCCAGUUCUUCGGCUUCAAGGACGAGAGUGGCUGCACGCUGACGCUGUCGCCCGAGGAGUUGUCCGGCCGGCAGCUGAACCUCCAGAACCUUGUGGAGUGCCGGGUGGAGGCACUGGGCAGCCCGGGGACUCUACAGGCAGCAGGGCUAGACCGGUGCACUGUGCUGGUGGGUCCAUUAGCCCGCUCAGCCUUCAUCAAGGACUGCCGCCAUUGUACCUUCGUGUUGUCCGGCCAGCAGAUGCGCAUCCACAACACCCAAGACUCAAACCUCUACAUCCACGUGACGGGCGCCGCCAUCAUUGAGGGCUGCCAGGGCGUGCGGGUGGCCCCCUACAAUCUCUCCUACCCUGCCCUGGACCAGCACUUCCUGACCGUUGGCCUCGACCGCACUAUCAACCGAUGGGACCAGCUGGAUGACUUUGAUUGGCUGAAUGAAAACGAGGCGUCCCCCAACUGGUCUGUCAUUCCUGAGGGUGAGCGACGCGGCGACUGGCUCUCCUGAAGUGACCCCAGAUGGCCUAUUCAAUGCUUUCUUUAUUAUUCAGCCCUGUGAUCACCUAUGCUUUGAUAUGUUAUGCUUCAAAUUGCCUGUGUCUUGUAUGGCAGUGUGUGAUUUGAAGAGCGUGCAUUUUGUUGUCUGAUUUUGUCCACUAAGAAAGGAAAUUGUGAUCUUAAGUGCCAUUAGAAUGUGUGUGUGUGUGUGUGUAUAUGAGUGCUUUCAAGGGUGUCACAAAUGAUCUACCUAUAAUUGGUCUGAAGUAGCACAUAUUUGCAUCAUCCAUUAUUCUGUUUUUGGGGAAUAAACAGACACUUUAAGGAACCACAGAAGCAUAAAGGAAUUCUCACACAUUGGAAGCACAACACCUGAUUAUACAGGUAACUCUCGAUUUACGCAAGUAUUGUGUCCUUGAAGAGGUCGUGUAAAUCAAAAACAAUGUAAAUCAAACAAGAGGUAGGUUUCUAUCGAAAAAUAAAUAUUCACUUCAUUCAGUGGAGAGAGAGAGAGAGAGAGAGAGAGAGAGAGAGAGAGAGAGAGAGAGAGAGAGAGAGAGAGAGAGAGAGAGAGAGAGAGAGAAUAUCCAUAUCACCAAGAUAUCCACUCAGGCACUCGGCCUCAGUCUCACUCGUGUGAGGAAGGAAUGAGGGACACCAUGAGUGACUGGCUAGUAUUGGUACCGGUACCGAGCAGUCUGGUACCGGUACCGUACCGUAUAGCUGGCACCGUUAGUACCGGUACCUGCCCACCCCUAUUAUGUUGAGUAGCGUGGCAGCGUGGGUACUGUAUUGUUGUUCAAGUGGCGCACGGGAAGAACUGAGCUCAGCUGUGUGGCCGUGGCGCCGUGUGAGUCCAGUUGCGUGAGGCAUCUGGUGGCCACUCCAUAAAAUAUCACGUAUAAGUGAAAAAAACGUGUAAAUUAAACAUUUAUUUGUAUUUUGGACCCUGCGUUAUUUCAAAAACGCGUAAAUCGAGAGUUACCUGUAAUCCCAAGUGACGACUGCUUUGAAUCCUUGAAUAUAACUAAACACACAAUCGUCACAGCGUAAGAUAACUACGAUAACCUGCUUGGAAACUAAUUUAGGGAAUCACUGAAGCAUAUAUAAGAAUUCUCACACAUUGGAAGCACAACACCUGAUGAUAAUCCCAAAUGACGAGUGCUUUGAAUCCUCGAAUAUUAUAAUGAAACAACACGAUCUUCACAGCAUAAGAUAGCUACGAUAACCUGCUUGGAAACUAACACACAGGAGUGGAUAAUAUAUACGCUUGUCACUUAAAUGGAAGAAUCAUGCAUGGUUGAAGCUUGGUUGUAUAUAAUUUAAACUCCGCACCAAAUAUGGAAAGAAGAGUGACUUACAGAGAUGGGAAGAGGAAGAUGGUAAAAUUGUUAUGGAUAUGGAUAGUAUAUAAAUGUUCGUCCAUGA